AUGACGACAGAACGACCGGCAAGUCCGGGUCCACGCCCGGCAGGGCCCGGCGGUCCGAGACCGGCAGCAGGCGGAGGAAGACCGCCGUUCAGAGGCGGUGGUGGGUGGUGGAGGACAAGGCGGAGGCCAGGGUGGCUUUCAGCGCAGACGCGGCAGGCCUCGCUUUUAUGCGCGGCGCAAGAUUUGCACCUUCUGCGUGGACAAGGUGAAGCACAUCGACUACAAGGAUGUGGGCAGGCUGAGGCGCUUCAUAUCGGACCGCUCCAAGAUGGAGGCUCGGCGCAAGACGGGCGUGUGCUCGAAGCACCAGCGCGCGUUGUCGCGGGCGAUCAAGCGCGCGCGCAUACUUGCGCUUAUCCCUUUCAGCCCGGAUCACAGAAUGCCCGGCGGCGGCUACGCUGCGUAGCGUCUUGA